AUGGCUGGCGCAUCGCCUCCGAAACGUGGAAGGCCAAAGAAAGACGAAGCAGUCGUGCGGAUAAGAUUAACCAAGCACAUAUAUGACAUGUGGACUACAAAAAAAGAUUCUGCUGGGUUCGUGACGAAAACGCAUAGCAAAUUUGCAGAAUAUCUUAUGAUGAAUACAUACGAAGGUCUAAGCAUCCAAACUCCUAGUAGUGGUAAGUUGAAAUAUUUAGUACGAUCACUGCAGUUUAUAUUUAUACUCUAUAUUUUACCCAAAGUCAUGUUAUUAUGAAUUAUAUAUGGCUUGUAUACAAUUUACGUUUUGUCUGUUUCAAUUUAGUGCAUCAUUCACAUGUACCAUGUUGUUCAACACCUGCUGUAGGACAAAGGAAAACUAGGUUAUUUCAAUUAGGGUAUUUUCAGUUAUAAUAUGGGUUUUUACUGUGAAUAUAAAGAAUGCAUGUCAAGUGAUUGUUGACAUGCAAUGUUCCCUUUAUGUCAUUUGUAGUGUAAAUAUUCAUGGAAAGUCUACUUCUCAUAUUUCUGGACAUGAAGUCGAAGGUUUGGAGACUUUGGGCAUCAGUACAAUGGAGAACUUGUCACUCUCCAUUAAUCCUGAAUUUGGAAAACAUUUUGGCAACCCUUCCAGUUCCGAGACAGAUACUACCAGCUCAGAAUCAGAUUCCGAUUCAAGGUAA